AUGCCACCUUUGCGACGCAAAAAUGGCCGCCAGCCCGCAUGCGAGCCCUGUCGCCGCCGCAAGCUCGCCUGCGACCACGAACUACCCGGCUGUCGCCGGUGCGAACGCCUGUCGAUGAAGUGCGUCUACCUCGCCAAUCCGCUGACAAAAGCAAAGCCUACUAGUAGCGACUCAGAGCCGUCACCAGACUCCGGCAUAGGCAUUCCGAGCAUUCCGAGCGAUAGCAGCGCGAUGCCGAGCGCAAAGACCUGCCCCGGCGCGCAGUCCACCACGCCGAUCCUCGAGAGCUCCGCCGAGUAUCUGGGGCCGGCGAGCUUCACCUCGGUGUUUGUGGAGCAUCGCGAACGCUUCGAGGUCGACCACACACUCGCCAGCCCCGCUGCCGCUGGCGGUGGUGGUGGUAGUGGUUACACCGUCCCCAACCUACCGUCGUCGUCGCCGAUCCAGCCCGCCACGAACCCGAUCAUCACGCCGCGCCUGCUCCAACUCGGCGUGCAGAUCUUGCAGAACGUCCCCGACGAAGAAACGUGCAACCUGCUUUUUGUGCGCUGCGAAGUCUCCAUGGACUCGUGCUUCCGCUUGGCCAAUUGGCAGGCCUCCAAGCUGACCUGGGACGCGUAUCGGCCGGUGCUGCGGGCACGCACGCCCGAGGAUCUGCACACCCUCGCGCGGCGGCUGGCAGAGUGCACGCUCGUCCCGCUGCCCGCGGAGCAGGAUCCGGGGCGUUGGGUGGAGUCGUUCUCCGGCCGCAAGGCACGGUGGGAGCUCAUCGGCGUGCUGUUCACGUACUGGUCGUAUGGGUGUGUCUCCCUGGCACCGGACAGUCCGGCGAUUGCGUCCUACUGCGCGGGCCGGGCGAUGAAUGGCGCCAAGGAGAUGAUGCUCCACUUCAAGAAAUGCGCAUCCAUGUGCAUCGAGAUGUGUAGUGAGCUGGGAGGGGUCAAUGUCCUGUUCUUGCAUCUGCUGUACAAGCAUAAUAUCAUGGAGAGCAAUGUGAGUGGAGACAAGAGUCUCUCUUGCUGGCGACAACACGGCGAUACCAUCGCCGUGACCACCUCCAUCGGGCUUCAUCGCGAGCCAUCUUCGGAGUGGAACGAGGUCUCAUUCCAGCAUGAGCUGAAACGGCGUCUCUAUUCGGCGAUCUUCGCGUUCGACAAAGUCGCAUCCACUUUGACGGGUCGGCCGCCGCUCCUGAGUCGCAGAUAUUCCACUACCCAGCUACCGUUGGACAUCAGCGACCACGAUAUUCUGUCUGGUAAUGUGAGGAACGCCGCUGCAAAGCUGGGUUCCGACGGGUGGGAUCGCAACAGCGGUAGGAAAUUUACCCAGGCUGCGAUUCUGCGCGCGCGGGCCAUGUUCGCGAGGAACCGCGAGGAGAUAUUGGAGGUCUUGGAGUCUUCGCUGGACGAGAUCUCCGCCUCGGCUAUUGAGACAUGCUUUAAUCUUCAAGCUCAGGCCUCUGCCAUCUAUGACAAGCUACCCGAAAGCCUGAUCCACAAAGUGGAAGAUAUCGACGAUCUCAACAUACCAGGGCAUUGCCUGCAUACACGGAUCCUCGUGCGAUUAGAGUACUUGCUGAAUCAGUUUCUACUGGAAAGACUCUUGACCCGCCACAAGAUCGUCACCGAGCAGGCGCUCAUCGGGGUCAGCCAGGAGACGCUGUCUCUCACGUUGCUCUACUGGAAACACAAGGACCGAUUCAUGGCCCUUCACAACGAUUUCUCAUGGCUGGCGAUGUCGUACGGCGCGCCGUGUAGUGGAAUCCUCUGUCUCGAGCUGCUCCGCCAGGCGGCCAACCCGCAGGCUUACAACUUGGACCUGCCUCGCUCGGCAACCAUCCAGAACCUAAGCCUGUUCGUGGCGUUUUUGGAUUGGCUCAAACCCUGUGGCUCGGAUAUCUCCGCCAAGACCCAGAUCAAGAGCAUCCUGCAACGCUCGCUCGACCGCAUCCUCGCCAUGCCGGCUUCACUGUGCAGUCCCGCGACGGCCAUGGACAAUUUCGGCAUGCACGACUUUAUCGGCGCGGAGUAUCCGCAUCUGGAGCUUCUGAACACGUUUAAUUGGGUGGACUGGGAUGGGGGAUUGUAG